ACACUCUGUUAUUACAUGUAUACAGUGUGUGCGUGUGUGUGUGUGGUAAAGCGAGACUUUGCCCCGGCUGCAGGAAGUCGCCGUUCAGCUGUCGCGCCGCCGCCGAGCCGAGCAGCUGCAGCUUCACACCAGUCCGUGAGUACCAACUGGGAGAACUGGGAGUUUCCAGUGACGCUUCCUCUGAGGGGCUCAGGCGCCACACAGCUCCUCCCACUGCAGUCAUACAUCAUGAAGUCUUCAUCAUCAUCAUCUACCUCAGAGACGGCUGGCCGAGAAACUCAGCUCCUCUCCUCUUCAUUGUCUCCUCCUCUUCGUCAAAGUCUGCAGAGUCCAGAGUUGCAAGCAGAGUUUCUACAAGAGUGUCGGAACAAAUUUCCGUCUCGAGGUGAAUCCCGUGUCGUCUCCUCUCCGUCUCCCUCUUCCUCCCCCCGCAGCCCCUCGUCCUCCUCGUCGUCUCCCAGCCACGACAACAGACGAGGUGAGCUGCGCGUCACCCGUUUGUCCCUGUCCAGCCCCGAGCUCCUUUCAGAGCUGAAAGAAUCGAGUCAACGCCAACUCCGACAUGUCCCCGAACACAACGGCCUGACCACCGUCUUCUCAGGACGAGGACGAGGACAGGCCUCUGGCCCCGCCCCCUCCCCACGGCCAGCCAAUCAGAAGACUUCACAGUGAAUAUAGCCACAGCGCCUGGACCCGUACCAGACUACUGGACCUUAAUCCACCAUGGACUCUGCUGUUCUAUAAAUAAUUGUGAUUUAAUGAUCAUUUUCUACAUCGUUUCAAACUGAGAUUUACCUUCAAAAUCCACAGUAACUUUUGAAACAAUGUGUCGUUGAUUUCAGACAGAUGUGAAUAAAGGUUGGAGUUGCUGGACCAUAAACUUUCCCAAAUCUAAUAAAGAUCAUGACAGAGCUGCUAACUUUAGCCUAAACUCUGAUAGCUUCCAGGACCGAGUCCCACACAGCAGACGUUCCAGUCCUGAACGGGGAUUUUUCUAACGUAACUACACAAAAUAAGGUAGUUAGCUAAUAAUAUGCUAACUUUGGAAGUAACGCUUGGUUAGGUUACUGCUGUAUGUAGUAAGCUAGUUAGCUGAACAUGCAUCAACAUCAGCAGCUAACAUUAGAGCCGAUAAACGCACUGUUUAAUCCAUCCCUUACACUUUUGCUGUCGUAGUUUUUGAAAGACUAAAACAAGACCCGACCCUCCAAUCUUAGACGAGGGUUUAGCUAACAGUUGAUUAUCUCAUGUUAACAUCUUAUGACAAAGUAUCUUAUCUCGACGCUAGGAGUCGCCCUAGAGUUUCCUCUACAGACCAGAUGCAUAAAACUCUGCAUAUUUCUGUCUUUGUGCGUACACACAGCUUUAGUCGUAAAUAUAUAGACACAUUCUUUUUGUCGGAUUUAGAAAGCCGCCCGAUUGUUUUAUAAAUCUCAGCUAUUGUGGAAACGUGCGCAUGUGCACAAGCUUCAUUGCCACAAAUGGAUGUAGAAACGCCCUUAAUCACCCGUUUGCUUAUCAAUACUUGUGCCCGCUCCACCACUCAUUAGACCUGUCAAUGAGAAGAACAAGUUCAGCUGGUUGUGUCGCCUCAGCAAGGUUCUCCGUCAAAACAGCUGUUAUAACACGCGACCGUUAAGCACGGCUGUGGCUAUUUAUAGUUCCCGCACCGCUGAUUCAUCACAUCUACCUGUAAACCAUCAUCGCGCCGAUACUUCAAUCAUCACGGUGAUCAGACUUUACAAAAUGCUUUGCAAUUCAGGAUCAAAUGAAAAGAUUAGGGAGAUGAUGGCUGCAAUGUAAAUAAAAAUGAGAAAAUUCAUCACUCAAAUAAUUUUAAAUUAAGUUUAUGAAUGCGCCUGAGUGACAUUUUACAGAACGCUGUAGACCGCACAAUAAGGUCUCUCAGCUUUCAUUUCAUCUCCACCUAGAAGUGAGUCCGCCGGUCUGAAGUCUUUUUUAUAAAUACCAGAUUAUGUGUGGGGGAAAAGGUGCAACCCUUUGGGUGUCCAGGGUUCCUGCAGGAAAAGCCUGGUUCAUUUCCUUUGUUAGGUGACACACAGCUGAACACUCUGAGGAUUGUACGUGUUUCUUACUGGAAACUGGAAAAUUAAAAAGUAUCGACAAGUA